GUACAGCGACCAGGAGUAGUGGUGUGAUACAGGGCCUAUUCGGCGAUGCGGGGAAACGCUCGUACCGUAUGAUCGAUCCUCCUCCUCAUCAUCUCACACAACCUCCGCUUCUACAAUUAACUUACCACUCUUUCACAUCACCUUCCCAAAUACUCCUCCCUUCUCUUACACCAUUACGCAGACUCUACACCUCAUCUUACUCAUGUCCCCCGAACAAGCAGUCAUAGUGAUCGGCUCCGGCCUGGCCGGGCUUUGCGCCACCACCCAACUGAUCGCGCACCGCAUCCCCGUCAUCAUGCUCGAGCGCGCCGCCAAACCCGGCGGGAACAGCAUCAAGGCCUCGUCGGGGAUCAACGGCGCGCCGACGCGGUUCCAGCCCGCGCUCCAGCACGACGCCACGGACCUCUUCCUCGCCGACACGCUCAGCUCCGCCGGCGGCCCGCUCACCAGCUCUGUCGCCGAGGAGCGCGCGCGCCGCGAGAAGCUCAUCAGCACGCUGGUCACGUCCUCGGCGGAGGCGGUCCAUUGGCUCGCCGACGAGCAGGGCGUCGAUCUGAGCACGGUCACGCAACUCGGCGGCCACAGUCGCGCGCGCACGCACCGCGGCGGCGCCGGCCAGAAGCCGCCCGGGUUUGCUAUUGUGAGUGCGCUGCUGGAGUCGCUGGAUCGGGAGCCGCUGUUUCAGCUGCGGACGAAUGCGAAAGUCACGAGGGUGAUUCAAAUGGAAGAAGGCCAACACGAGGAGGAAGAAGGUAUGCUGGGGGUGGAGGUCGACGCGGGGCAGGAGGGGGGCGAUAAUCGGACCGAGACGCUGUAUGGGCCGUUGGUGUUCGCGACGGGCGGCUUCGCCGGGGAUACGCAUGGGUUGUUGGAGAGGUACCGGCCGGAUCUGGCGGGGAUCCCGUCGACGAAUGACGCCCGCGAAGGCACGCAGCCGCUGCUGGAGGCGGUCGGGGCGGCGGUCGUCGAUAUGGAUCAGGUCCAGGUGCACCCGACGGGGUUCGUGGAUGCGAAGGAUCGCUCGGCCCGCGUGAAGUUUCUCGCAGCCGAGGCGCUGCGGGGUGAAGGGGGGAUCUUGCUGGAUGGUCAGGGAGGGCGGUUUGUCGAUGAGUUGACGACGCGCGAGAAGGUCACCGCCGCGGUCAUGGUGAGCGCGAGUCCGCUGGAGGAGGAGACCAUCAGUCUGCUGCGGCAGUGGGAUGUCACGCUACUGAUGGAUGAGGGCGCGGCGGCGGCUGCGAAAACGCAUCUCGAUUUCUACCUGUGGAAGGGGCUGAUGCGGAAGACCACGGUCGGCGAGCUUGGGCUUGCUCUCCCUCUCGUUCGCGAUACGCUCCACGGCUAUGCCGAUGUGGUCUCUGGCAAAAAGCCGGACGUGUUCGGGCGGACCUCGUUCGGAAACUGGACCUUGAAGGAUGUGAGUUCCGACUCGGUGGUCUACGUGGGACAAGUCACGCCCGUCGUUCAUUUCACCAUGGGAGGCGUCGUGAUCAACGAGCACAGUCAAGUGUUGGACAAGGACGGUGCUCCUAUCAAAGGUCUCUGGGCUGCAGGCGAGAUCACGGGCGGACUUCACGGCCAGAAUCGUCUAGGAGGUUCUUCCCUUCUAGAAUGUGUCGUCUUCGGGAGAAUAGCCGGUGAGAAUGCUGCCGCCUUCCAUCACGAACACUAGUAGGUGUAGACAGGUGGGGUUCUCAUCCCAUGAUUCAUGUUGCCUGUGGGGUGUUGUUUUGCCAUGACGGCGGCGCUCGGACGUGUCUGAUUCUGUGCAAAUAUUGUCAAUAUUGUGUAAUUGUGGAGACAAUCCUCAUGAGCUAUCAAGUUUCUGAAAUGCCAUAAGCCUUGAUCAUUUUGUCUUACGAGCAAGAGGUGACAAGCUGGCACAAGGUCGAUGCAAAAAUUGGGUCAUCCAUAAUUUGGUCUGUCUCUGUUUGUCGCAGAGGGUGACGGAGCGAACAAAGUUGCCUCAGAUCAAGGCACAGGGCAUGUAAUUAGAGUCCUGCCAACAUGCUGCUUAAGUACAGUACAAAUCCAAUGGUAGGGUUGGGAAAUGCAAGAUGAUGCAGCUGCAUGUGGUCAGCCCUAGCAGAUCAGCCACUCCCUUAAAUUUUAGAGUCAAAUAAAGUU